CAAUUAGUCCAAGGACGUCGCUUCUUUCUCCUCAUGGAAUUUCUCGCCGCUGUCGCCAGCAUUAGUGCUGUUCUACAGAUCCAGCUUAUCGCUACACAGCGCAUCGCUUCGUUUCUAUGGCAGCCAGUCAUUAAUGCCAGGCUGUAUGGGGGAGGGCCAGGAUUUAUAUUGUUCAUUUUUGGGAACCGGACAGUAUGGCGCACUGAAGCAAGCGUACUUGGAAUCAUGGACGAUGAUGACGCACUCGGAUUUAAGAAGUCGGUGCAAGACGAAUGUACCAUGAUAUCUGUGGCAGCUGCAAUUGUGGCUCAAAUUGCAAUGACCGGCUUCUCAUUGGAACAUCUUAGUGAGACUCAUUGUUCUGCGCGAGCGUUCUUGCUGUUUAGCGUGGUGUCCUCCUUGAUGGCCGUGUACUACGCCACAACCCAGCAACGGAUCGUGGGAAGAUUACUGAGACCAAAGAAGAUCCGAGGGUGGAUUCGAGGCAGCCUAUCCCAGCCUGGACAAGAUUUGUGGGAUUUCGACCUACAUAAACGUCCAUGCGAUCCUGAGGAGUAUCGAUCAACACCUCCAGAACUCGAGCUCAUCGACGUCAGGUCUAGGUGUUUUACUCCGAGUGUCGCUUCUGUUGUUGCUUUGUCUGCACCUCAAUUUCUUCUAACAAGUUCACUUGUAUCCCUGCUUUUGGCCAUCGGUAUCUACAGUGGAUUCAUCUGGACGCGGAAUCUUGACACGGCUACGGGAUCAAGCGGGAGUAGAAACAUUUUCAUUGUCUAUAUUAUAUCAAUGGUUGUUUGUAUUGUUUUGUAUUCUACUUGUCGCCUUAUUCAAGACCAUGAUAAAAGGUGGGAAGUUGAGAUUCUGGACGAUUAUGUGAAGCUGUAUGUGGAGAAGCAUCCUGCCGUUGUGAGAACUUGGACUCAAAAUUCAACAGGCACACAUCCAGGAAAUUAGUAUCAAGAGUUAUUACUAUAGUCCGUCUGGGGUGCUGCUGCGGACGCUCGAAGGUACAUUUGAGUUCGGUUUUGUC